AUGAGUGAGGUAACAAUAAAAAAGAGACAACCAUCAAGAAAAGGUAAAAAAGCAUGGAGGAAGAAUGUUGAUAUUGAAGACAUUGAACAAGAUUUACAAGAUAAAAGAGAUGAACAAAUUAUAAAGGGUGUUCAUGACAUUGAUGAAGAUUUUAUAAUUGAUGAUUUACCAAGCACCACCAAAUCCACAAAUGUACCUAAAAAAUUAAAAGCUAAAGAAAUAUUAAGUAACAAAUCAAAAGUUCCAGCUUUAAUCAAUAAUAGAGUUAAAAAGAAUAAAAAUGAUACUAUUCAAGGAGUUAAAAAGACAGAAAUGUUAAGAUUAUUGAGUUUACGUGGAGGAAAAUAUAAAGAUGAAAGUAUAUCAAUGAAUAGAGCAGAAAAAGAUGGUUUAAUAAAUGGAGAUGAUGAAGAUUUAUGGGAUGAUAAUGAUAAUGAUGAACCAACUCUCAAAAAAGCUAAAAUUCCAAAAUAUAAUAAAUCAACUGCUGAAGUUACAAAAGCUACUUCUAUACCGAAAACUUUAAAAACUAAUCCAAUUCAAAUAAGUAAAAAUGAUUUAACUGAUAAAUUUAUUCAUGCUGGUAAAUCAUAUAAUCCAUCAUUAGAAUCAUGGAAAGAUUUAAUAAAUAAAGAAUAUGGAAUUGAAUAUAAGAGAGAAUUAAAUAGACAAGCAAUGGAAGAACAUAAGGAGAGAAUACAGGAGUUGAUAGCACAGGUGAAUGAUAAUGCAUUUAGUGAUUCUGAAGAUGAAGAAGAGAAAGUGGAAGAUGAAAUACCUUCUGAAGAAAAAGAUUAUUCAUUAUCUAUAAACAAACCUACUAAAGUCAAGAUUAAAACCAAAACUAAAAGAAAUAAAGAACUUAAACAUAAAGAAAGAAUUAAAAUAGAACAAGAAAUAAAAGAUUUGAAAAAACAAUUAAAAGAUUUAAAUAAUUUAGAAAACAUAUUAAAAUCACAAGAAGAAGAAGAAUCAAAAACCAAUACAAAAUCAUCCACAAAGGAAAGAAGUUCAAAAAGAAAUAAAUUAUUCAAAUAUACUCCAAUUGAAACUCCAAUUGAAAUUAAAUUAUCAAAUGAAUUAACAAACAACUUAAAAAAUUUAAAAUCUGAAGGAAAUUUAUUUUAUGAUCAAAUGUUAAAUUUACAAUCAUCUGGUAAAAUUGAAAGUAGAAUUCCAAUUAAUAGAAAAAGAAAAUAUGCUAAAAAAGUUACUGAAAAAUGGACUCAUAAAGAUUUUAAAUAA